AUGGCCUCAAUAACUGGUAUAAGUAGAGGAUUACUGUUUGUACAAUGGUGGACUCAACGUGAUUUAAAUGUUGCUGUGUCAGGUAAUUCUGGUGUUGGAAAAUCCAGUCUCAUCAAUGCUCUAAGAAAGUUAAAGCCUACGGAUGAUCGUGCCGCCGCAGUUGGUGUUGUUGAGACAACAACAGAAGGAUGUUGUUAUACUUAUCCUGGGCAUCCAAACGUAACUAUAUGGGAUCUACCUGGCCUAGGCACACAAAAAUUCAGAAAAGAUAAAUAUUUGAAAGACAUGAAUUUUGCAAAAUUUGACGUUGUAUUGAUCGUUUCUGCUGGUAGAUUUCUUGAAAAUGAUAUAUGGCUUGGAAAGGAAUUACGUGCCAUGCGAAAAAAUAUCAUCUUUGUCCGAACAAAAAUUGACAUUGACCUAAAGAACGCUAAACGUGAUUAUCCAGACACAUUUAGUGAAACGGUAUGUUUAGAUAAGAUUAAAUGUAACUUAUCAGAUACAAUUCGUGACGGAGGACUACCAGCUUCAGUUACAGGUGUUUAUCUGGUGAGCUCUCCAAAAAGAGAAAAGUACGACUUUAUUGAGUUGGAUAAGAAAUUAAAAAAUAUGCUCAGCAUCAAAGGAAAAGCAAUUAGGUCAAUCCUGCAACAAAAUGUUCAGAUAGAAAUAAGAAAAAAUCAACAAAUGAACAAGAAUGGCUUUGGAUUCCAAAAAGCACUUUCUUUUUUCUUUGGAUUCGUGCCCACACAAGCGCUUACAGAAACACUUUGCCAACAGUCAUUAUCUAAUAUUCGUGCGACUUGCCAGCAAAAGUUUUGCAUUGAUGAUACUUCGCUUGAUAAAACGGCAAAAGAAUUGAAAACUUCGAGCGAGAGGCUGAAAGGGAAACUAAAAUCCUACAAGACGUUUCUCUUUAAGCCGCCUGAUUUUUUUUCGAAUAUUAUCCCAAACACGAAAUAUUCUAUACCAGUUUUUGGCAUGCUUUUCUCAGCACACAACUCAUAUGUUACAACAACGGAGAAAAUAAAUGCGAUGUGUGAUAAAAUGGCUGAAGACGAACUAAAUUUAGCAAUUCUUCGACUUGAUCGCCUUGAAAGUGAUUUGAAACCUAUCAAGUGA